AUGCCUGCGGGAGUGUCUCUGUUCCAUGUUGACCGGACAAUGGCGAAUGAGGAGAGUCGAUCGUCUGCGGAGCCGUCGACCGCUGGCGCUUCCUCUUCCGACGUGGUUGCGGCUCUGGCGGCGACUGGGAAGAAUGACGACGAGCUAGGCUACAUGGGCGAGGAGGGCGUGUCCAUGGGGCGAGACGAGCAGGACGAAGCGGAACUCGAACACUUUGCAAGUGUGCGGCAAGCGUUUGAACUGUACGAGCAAGACGCGCUGAUGGAGGUUCAUCGAAUCGAGAGGCACUUGCGCCGCUUGGCUCCGGAAGACAAAGCCCUGUUGAAGGAACCGAUCGAUGCACGCAUCGCCCGACUCAAGGACGCAGUCUCGUGCAACCAAGCGUUCAUCAACCUUCUCCUGAUCGCGAGUGAAAACAGCAACAUGCAGCCCGCCGCCUCUUACCCUCACGAGUGCUGCGACGGCACAGACGUCGACACAGCGGGCGCCGAGAAAAGCGCGGCGGAAGACAGAGAACGCGCUUGCCCGGGCAGAUGCGCCCGCCACCCUGAAGCAGAAGCUGACAGAAACUGCUUGCACCCAAGUCCCGGAGGCGCAGACCGCGGCGCCCACGGCGCGCCCAAGGCGGCGCCGGAGCCUAAGAAAGGGGGCCGAGAGGACACCGGCCGAGGACGAUCAGGAAAGAAGAAGAAGAAGGGGAAGGCGAAUGCCAGCCAGCGACUCGGACCAAACAAUGAAGCGAAGGAGCUGUCUGGGCCUGCUCCAGGCUUCGCCCAAGCGCCAGAGUGCUGCGGCUCCGUCGGCGGUCACGGCCGGCAUCCUCAUGCGGAGAGGACCUCAGCGGAUUCUUCCUCGACUGACGCGUACCCGUUUGAAGUCGACCAUGAAAAACUCGUUCGAAACAUGUCCAAGGUGAGAAGCACUCUCCGGCAGUUCGUCCGAGAUUGGUCCGAUGAGGGCAAAGAAGAACGCGAAGCAGCCUACGGCCCGUUGCUGGAGGCUCUGGAAUCUCGCUUCCCGAUCCACGACCGCUCCAAACCUCCCAGGGUUCUGUGUCCUGGUUCGGGGUUGGGGCGUCUCCCGUUCGAAGUGACGCGGCGCGGCUACGCGUGCCAAGGCAACGAGUUUUCAUACUUCAUGCUCAUGGGUUCCGACUUCAUCUUAAAUCACGCCCUCAAGGUCCGUUCGGUUCCGCUCCAGCCGUACUGUCUCUCCACGUCGAACCGGCGCGGCCAGCAUGACCAUCUACAGACCGUGUGGAUUCCCGAUGUGUCGCCCAAUGAGCACAUUUCACCGGACACCGACUUCUCGAUGUGUGCGGGAGAGUUUGUAGAGGUCUACGGCUGCAGCGACGACACGCCCAGCGGCAUUCCUGGGGCGUCGCAGCCGUUUGACGCAGUCUUGACUUCCUACUUUUUGGACACGGCGCGCAACGUCCUUCUCUACAUUCGGACCAUUGCGAAGAUUCUCCGUCCCGGCGGUCUCUGGGCAAACAUCGGGCCUCUCCUUUACCACUACGCCGAGAUGCCGAACGAAAUGUCCAUCGAACUGGCGUGGGACGAACUGGAAGAAGUUAUCAAGCUCUGGUUCGACAUUGAAAAGAUCGAGUGGCGAGACGCGUACUACACCUCGAACCCAAAUUCGAUGAUGCAGGUUCAGUACCACUGCGUCUUCUUUGUAGCCGUUCGAAACGCCGCUCCUCCCCCCGUUAUCACCCCUCUGCCCGACGCGUACUAA